AUGGCCACCCCUGCCUCCUCGUCCUCCCCAAUCCUUUCGGAGAAACCGGUCACUCACACGCCCGCCUCGAGCAAGCUCGGCGACGAAGAGCGCGGAAGCAGCACCGACCGGCUACGCUCUCAGACGGACCCCAGUCCUCAACAUGCUCCAGUACCGAAUAGUGCCCACACAGUUGGCGCAUACCAGCAGGCGACGGACGCGGCGCAGGAGUUCUGGGACCGUUUUCGUGGCAAAGGGCGGCGGAAGGUCGGAUGGGCCGAGAGUCUGAAGAACAUACUCUUGUCUUCAUGGCUCAACGUCUUGCUCAUCGUCAUCCCCAUUGCCUGGGUGUCCCACUGGAUGUUCCUCAGCCACAAAUGGGGUCCAGAGCCCACCUUCGUCCUGAACUUCCUUGCCAUCAUUCCCCUCGAAGGAAUAUUCGACUGGGGCGGCGAGCAGAUGGCCCUUUACCUCGGCAAGGAUCUCGGAGACCUUCUCGUCGUUACGUUGAACAAUGCUGUGGAAGCCGUCCUGGCCAUCGUCCUGUUGACCAAAUGCGAUCUUCGUUUACUUCAGGCCACGAUUGUCGGUGUCGUCAUUCUGCAUUUGCUACUCAUCCCCGGUGUAUCUUUCCUCGUCGGCGGCAGUCAAAUUCAACAUCAGGCCCUGCACCCACACCAUACGGACCUUAACCAUUCUCUCCUUAUGAUCGGGUUCGUCCUCUCCACGUUUGCCUCUUCGCGCGCUGACCUCAUUGCCAGCGUGCUCGCCACCCUCCUCCCGACUGCGUUCUUUGCUGCGCUUGACCGCGGUGCAACUCAAACAACGUCAUCUGGCGCCGAGGCUGUCUCCGCAAUUGUCACGGACGCGACGCGCGACCAGAUUUUGCGGAUGAGCCGCGGUAUCGCCAUCAUGUUGCUCGUCAUUUACAUCGCAUCCCGAUUUUACUUGCACAACCCCCCUGGUGAAGGCAAUGCGCUCACUGUACUGCACGAUGCUCCCCAGGCGCUGAAACACGAGGAGGCCCAUCUCAAGGAAGAGGAGGCGCUUACAAAUCCGUGGGCGUGCUUGAUCCUGCUCGCAUUCACCAUCGCGAUCAUGGCCGCCACCGCCGAGUUCCUCGUGGAGUCGAUCGAGGGCGUUCGCGAAACCUCGGACAUCCAGGAAGAGUGGUUCGGACUCAUCCUCCUCCCGAUCGUCUCCUUCUCCGCCGACGGCGCGGUCGCGAUUGUCUUCUUCCUCGAGUCGCUCUACGACCACUUCACGGGCCGCGAGCGCCUCGUGCCGUCGAUGCUCGCGCGCGGGCGCGCGAUCGACCUCAGCAUCCAGUUCACGCUCUGGUGGAUGCCGUUCCUCGUCCUCCUCGGCUGGUGGAUCGGGAAGCCGAUGCACCUCCUCUUCGACUACUUUGAGGUCGCGCUCCUGUUGGGCGCGUGUUUCCUCGUCAACUAUGUCACCGCGGACGCAAAGACGAACUGGGUGGAGGGCCUCAUCCUCGUCUCGUUCUACUUGAUGAUCGCGCUCACCACGUGGUUCUAUCCUGGGCAACCCGAGGUCGAGCUUAUGCUUGUGUGCUUCGAGACCGUCGCGGAGGCGAUCGCGGGCGGGGGCGAGGGGGCUGCGGAGGGGGCUGUCGCAGGGGGCACAGAGGUCGUCGCGGAGAACGCAACGGAGCUGAUCUCGCGCGCGGUCUCGCACUUCCUCUGA